AUGGGUCAGCCCUUACCUGGGAAGGAGUUCGGCAAGACCAUAUGGCGUACUUACCGUGAAGUCAAUAAGCGUGUGUUGGCCUUCGGAGCCGGUCUGCGUGCCAUUGGAAACAACCCGCAGCCACACUUCGUUGCCGAUGUCGAUUCUUUGGCCGGGCCCAUUUCCCUCGUCAUUUUCGAGGAUACUUGCGCUCAGUGGAUCACCGCGGCCCUUGGAGCUUGGUCUCAGAAUAUGAUAGUAACUACCAUAUAUGGUAAAUUGACGAUACCACCAGCGCUACCCAGACUGAAAAUGCCAGGUACGUUGGGACCCGACGCAGUGUCCCAAGCCUUCACGGAGGGCCAAGGGACAACUCUACUGUGUAACAGGAAAAAGGUGGCUGGGGUCGUCGAAGCUCGAGAGGCAAUGCCCACGUUGAGGCAUAUCAUCUACACUGAUGAGGGAGUUGACAAGAAGGAGAGGAUGAAACCUUUGCA